AAAUUUAAAAAAAAAGUCCAAUGGAGGCACUUGACGCACUUGACAAGCGUUUUAUUUUCAUUUUUCGAAAUUUAUCCUGACCCAAGCUAGAAACCUAAGAACGAGUUGCAGCACAAAUUAAAAGUGCAACGUACAAGAGUUUUAAAUAGAGGAAUACAGUGUUAGUGUUAUCGUUCGUGAUCAACGUCGGAACGCUUGGUGUUUUGUAAUUAGUAUAGUACUUGUGGGGAAUACCAAGUAUCGAUGGCCGUUUAAACGUUUCCGUGGUGUAUUUGUUGAACUCCUGGAGCAGUGAGUCACCGAAGCAUAGUAUCGGGCGGUCGCCAUGGACACCGACGAUGGGGAAUCCUCGAGCAGCGGGCCGAUGUCCAGCUUAAAUAGCCUGUUUUCUUUCACAAGCCCUGCCGUCAAGAAACUCCUGGGCUGGAAACAGGGCGACGAGGAAGAGAAAUGGGCGGAGAAAGCCGUAGACAGCCUCGUGAAGAAGCUGAAGAAGAGGAAAGGAGCUAUAGAAGAAUUAGAGCGGGCACUUUCGUGCCCCGGAACUCCAUCUAAGUGCGUCACCAUACCACGCUCGCUCGACGGCCGGUUACAGGUCUCCCACCGCAAAGGGCUGCCACACGUGAUUUACUGCCGCGUGUGGCGCUGGCCCGACCUACAGUCCCACCACGAGCUCAAGCCCCUCGAGAUCUGUCAAUACCCCUUCAGCGCAAAACAGAAGGAGGUCUGCAUCAACCCUUACCACUAUAAACGGGUGGAGAGCCCCGUCCUCCCUCCUGUCUUAGUACCACGACACUCGGAAUUCCCACCUGGGCAUUCUCACAUGCCCUUCCAAAGAACUGCGGAACCCGCAAUGCCUCACAAUGUCUCUUAUUCCGGAUCGGGCUUCCCGCCUUCGGCCAGUUCCGAACUCCCGGACACGCCUCCACCGGCGUACUCCCCGCCCUCAGAAGACAUGGAACCGCCGGGCGAAGUCGCGCCCGUGUCUUACCAGGAACCGGUAUAUUGGGCUUCAGUAGCCUACUAUGAACUAAACUGCAGAGUCGGCGAGGUGUUUCAUUGCAACUCUCAUGCCGUCGUCGUCGACGGCUUCACGGAUCCGUCCAACAACAGCGACAGAUUCUGCCUAGGACAACUGAGCAACGUCAAUAGAAACUCGACCAUUGAAAACACCAGACGCCACAUAGGAAAAGGCGUGCAUUUGUACUACGUGGGCGGGGAAGUGUACGCCGAAUGCCUGUCCGACGCCGCCAUCUUCGUGCAGAGCCGCAACUGCAACCACCACCACGGCUUCCACGCCUCCACCGUGUGUAAAAUACCGCCCGGCUGCUCCUUGAAGAUCUUCAAUAAUCGCGAAUUCGCGCAGCUGCUGUCUCAGAGCGUGAAUCACGGCUUCGAAGCGGUCUACGAACUUACCAAGAUGUGCACGAUCAGAAUGUCGUUCGUGAAGGGAUGGGGAGCGGAGUACCACCGCCAGGACGUGACGUCGACCCCGUGCUGGAUCGAGAUCCAUCUCCACGGCCCGCUGCAGUGGCUGGACAAAGUCCUGACGCAGAUGGGGUCGCCCCACAACGCCAUCUCCUCUGUGUCCUAGCUGUGUGCCUGAAUUCCGACCCCACCGUAUGUAUUUCCUUCGUAUUACUCGUGCGACCAUUUAUUGCACGCAAAUUGCCCUCUUAUUACUGCAUUUUAAACGCGAACAUUUUGUACAUUUGUACAUUAUUUUACUUUUAUAAUCGUUUAAUUCGCGCAAUCUUACACGUUAUUCCAUAUAGGUAUCAGUUGUUAUACCUAUUGCUAACUAUUUUAAUGGCUUUCGUAACCUCGGUAUUUUACUUGAGCACAUUAUUGUGGGUUAAAAUUUAAUAGAGUUUAACACAUAGAAAUUGAAGUACAAAUUUCACUAAAAUGUAUGUGAUAAAAUGUGCGAAAGCUAUCGCUAAUGUCAAAUGCAGAUCUUUUUAUAAGACUCACCAUAAUUAAUUGGUAGCCCGGUAAAAAUGAAUUUGUAUGGUUACAGCGAUAUUGAAAUAUAACCUAAUUAUAUAGUUCCGGUUUGAAUUUUGCAUUGUACCUAUACAUAUAGCGAGUUCUAGACCUUAACGAAGCGUUUUGACGAAAGCUUGGGACAACGUUUUUAGUUCUCUACAUAUAGUGCAGUACCUAUUUAAGUAAUAAAAUCCAAUUUAAAGACAAUAGUGAUAAAACAGGAAGCAAAAACAUAGCAAGGAAGGUAACAUAUUGCAGCAAAACAAAAUUGAUACAGACAUUAUAUAGGUAGACUUGCCCUUGCCCAGAAGUAUUAAGCACCUCGUCAAGCAUGAAUCUGAUAUUAAAAAUAUUAUACAUAUUUAUGUAAACUAUUAAGAUGUAUUUAAACAUCUGUACAUAAUUACUUUAUAAAACUCCUGAGUACAGUCAGCAUCAAUGGUAGUUGUAGUUGGUAGCAAAUAAAAAACGCGGCAAAAUAAUCAACCCGCCUGUCUGAUAUAAAACUGCGCUGCCUGUCUAUACUUUUUCAAAAGUAUCUUCCGCACUCAUUGUUUAAUGCGCUUUUGACGCGAAGUUUCGUCCCCUACUAUGUUUACCUAACUAAAGGCAUAAAAAAGUGUCCUAUUAAGCGACAGAUUGCGAUAAGUAAAGGAAGAUGAGGAUUUUUGUAUGACAAACGUUUAUUGAGCACCAUUCGUUAGUACGUAAAAAACAAAAAACUUCAGUCUAGUAUUUCCGUCUUUAUAUUACGUCAUUUAAAUUUUCAUCACGAAAUCAUUGAAAUCAUAUGAAGUAAAACACUACUUAUAAAAAAAUUAAAAUGGGUUUCAAUAUUUCUGGCCAGGGAUGUACAUUAGUGUGCAAUAUAAUAGCAGUUUAUUUAUAGUAGGUAACUUGCUAACUUGACUAAAUAAUUUUUAAAAUAGGUUUUGGACAAUAAUGCUUAGUCGUGAGCGGCACUAUCACUAGAUCCUAAUGCAAACAAUCCAAGUAGUUAGUCGGUCAAUAAUCAACAGUCUUAAUGAUCAACCAUUGGUGCACUCUGCGAGGAAGAUCGCCUUAUAGAAAAGUUUAUCUUUUUCACAAUGAGUUUUAUAAGAAUUGCUGCUAGGAAGUAAUAAAGCCAGUUUUCAUAAUUAUUAUUGUUUUUACUUACAAUAUUAUUUAGGUAAAGUUUAUAGUUAAUUUUGAAUUAUUGUUAAGUAAUGCAGAAGAAUAUUUAAAAAAGUUCCAAUAUAAUUGAUCUAAAGUUAUGAUUUUCCCCUUAAUUUGAAUUUUCUCAUUGACUGCUAUUACAUUGCACACAGCUGUAUGGAUGGAUGUAUUAUGUAAACAAGCUUACGAAAGGUCAUGUCUCAAAAAAGUCACAGAUCAUUUUGAUCAUCUUGCUGGUGUUAUCGAUGGUAGAGGGAUACAAUGGCUAUAGGUAUAGGCGCAAGUAUACCGUUAUAGCUUCAAUAGUUUUUCUAAAUAAGCUCAAAGUAAGUGUCCAAGCCGUAAGUCAUCUAAGUGUAAUUGUUAAAAUAAGUAUAAAGACAUAAAUUAAGAUAUAAUUAUACUCUUAAAUGUUUAUGACAAGAUAGAUAUCAUCAAUGUACAUAAUGCUCUAUAAUGGUAUUUUAAUUUUAAACAAGUCCAAAUUUAUUGUAUGAAAUCUUGCAUGCUUUUUGUCAAGGUAAAUCGGUGAUAUUAUCAAUAUAUGUACGGAUCGUAUGUUAUUUUAGGGCAUAUUUUUGUAAGAAUUAACGUACACUCGGCGUCACGGAAAUCGCACACCCACGGAUUUUUGUUUCAAGCCGUUAUAAACCGUAUGUUGUUGAAGGUAAAGUAUGAGUGUGUGGGUUCAUUUUAAAGAUAAUUUAACCCUUCAUUUAAAAACAAUGCAAAAGUUACUAAAGAGUAAAAAAAAAAUAUUUUUCAAUAAGAAAUAAAAAUCGUAUAUUCAUGCAAAAAAUCAACAAAUUAAAACACAAUAAUAUCAACAGAUAUUGGAAUACAAAUGCCUAAAACUAAACUUUAAAAUCUAGUGUUGCCUCCUUUGGCCUUAAUUACUGCCUCCAUGCGAGCCUUCAUGGACCUCACGAGAGUCACGAUGUGCUCUUGAGGAAUAGCAUCCCACUCCUCAAUGACGGCAUCUCGAAGCUGUUCCAGGGUCGCAGGUGCAGGAUCACGUGACCGCACCUUCCGUUUUAGCCGAUCCCAAAGGUGUUCUAUGGGAUUCAGGUCCGAACUCCUUGCUGGCCACUGCAUAGCUGUGAUCCCAACCUGAUCAAGGUAGUCCCGUACAAUCAACGCUGUGUGGGAGCGGGCGUUAUCCUGCAUGAAUGUGAAUCCAGAACCGACAAAUUCGGUGUAUGGAACCACAUGGUCCUCCAGGAUCUCUGUGAUGUACCGAUGAGCAGUCAUGGAUCCCUGGCCUCGACCACCACCAGUGAGGGAAACACAAACGAGCUCGGUUUCGCCGGCGAGGGAAAUGCGACCCCAGAACAUGCAGGAUCCUCCUCCGUAUCCGACGGUUUCUUCAAGACAGGCCUGUGAAUAACGUUCCCCUUGCCUCCUGUACACUCUUCUGCGCCUAUCGUUGCUGAAAAGACACACCCUGGUCUCAUCGGAGAAGAGAACAGCCUUCCAUUGGUCGACCGUCCAAUCCUUGUGUUCGCGAGCAAACUCACGUCUGAUUCGCCGAUGCUCUGCCGUCAAUUUGGGACCCGUAGCCGCUCUAUGGGGCAUGAUCUUCUUCUCCCGCAACCUUCUCCUUACUGUAGAGACGCUCACCACCGUCCUCCGAACUGCUCGUAGCUGCUGCUGCAGCUGGACAGCAUUGGAGAAACGGUCCCGUAAAGACGUCGACACAAUAAAGCGGUCGUCUCUCUCGGAAGUGCAGCGUUUUCCUCCGGAUCCAGGCUUCCUGGUGAAGUUUCCAGUCCUUCGGAAUCGAUGAACUGCUCGAAGAACUCGGAAACGGCUUAUGUUGAGCUGCCGAGCAACCGCAGACUGCGUCAUUCCUGAUUCCACCAGGGCUACUGCUUGAGCUGAUGCUGCUUCCGUGGUAUCAAUUUUCUUGGGGUCUCCAGCUGUUCCGGUGUGACGUCUGUGAACCCUGGAUGCCGAAUGACCCAUAUCUCACUUUUACCCCCCUUUUAUUCCUAUCCAAGUUAACGCAAAUAGCGACCCUUACAACGCGUAUUCUAGGUGUUCUUUCAGAACGCCAUAAUUUCGUGAUUAUUAUUAUUUAUUCCAAAAAUGCUUUAUUCAUGCUUUAAAGCUUAUUAAUUGUACUUUUUAAUGAUAUUAAUAUUGAUAGGGGUAUAUACAUAUGAUAAGAGCUGUGUUCGCUUGAAACAAAAAUCGGUGGGUGUGCGAUUUCCGUGACGCCGAGUGUAUGUUCAUAGUUUAGUCAAAAAUGCAGCUUUAUAUUUAUGUAUUUUGUAUAUUUUGUGACUUUUCAAUAUUUAUACCAUUUGUAAAACGACAGUUAUAGAAUAUUAACUUAACUAACUUAGCGGUUUCACUCACGUGUUUUUAGUCACUCGCGCGAGUUAUAGAAUAUACAAUCAAACACGUGAAACUAACUGCUAUUCAUCCUGUGUAAUUAUUACUAUCGUCAUAUAUAAUAUAUGUACAUAUGUAUAUGCAUUUAAAAACAUUGCAUGCAAAAUGUACAUGGAUGCUCAAUACUUUUGGGCAAGGCUUUAUCGACACCGAUGUGCGAAUGUUCGCCUUGACAUUAUAUCUUGGUGUACAUAAUAUUGUCUUCGGUUACCGCGAUAGUUACUCAUGAAAUAAAACUAUGAAAACGGAUUAUAUCGCGUAUAUUGAAUUUAUAAUACAUCCCGACGUUUCGAACUCUUUACAGCGUUCGUGGUCAACGGGUGACUGAGGAAAAAUUACAAAAUGCAAAAAUACCCACAUACUAAAAUAAUGAACAAUCAUAGACUACAAACUUUAAGGCUGGUUGUACAUGCAAAAUCGGUUCAUAAGGCUAGUUAUACACUAUAAUUAUUUUUCAAGUAAAGAUAUAUAUAUAUACGCGAUAAAAAUAAACUAUGCCGGCUCCAACCCUACACCACGGACCCGAGAAGAUUUAAUUCCCUCCUAAAUUGUAGGAGGGUAUCCCAAUAUGGGACCGGCAACAAACUCAGCGGGACACAUCUUUUCAAAACAUAUUAUACUCAGAAUGUCCAACAUCAUCCAACACUAAGGUCUCACAGUCUAUGUCUCGCUUGCUCCUUUAUCAGAUGGACUACAGGAUCCCAAGCUGGUGGUAGAGAAAAGCCAUCUUCCCUAUUAAAGUUUGGAUAUUUCUUAGCGCGAGGCCAUGAUUGUUCAUUAUUUUAGUAUGUUGGUAUUUUUGCACUUUAUAAUUUUUCUCAGUCACCCGUUGACCACGAACGCUGUAAAGGGUUCGAAACGUCGGGAUGUAUUAUAAAAAUAGAAGAAUUUUGCUACUGGAUACUGUAGAAGUAACAAAUUUUUGCAAUAUAUUGUAUAAAUUAUGUAAAAGUCACAGGUAAAAUAGUUAAAUAAGUGAUAUGUGUUCUAUAUGUUGUAAUAAUCUAAAACAUAGACUGUUAAUAAGAAAUUUUGUUGCAGCUUAUGCCCACAACAGACUUCGCUUUUGUAUUUUCGCAAAUAUGGCGUUACUUUCGUUUGCAAUAAGUAUAAAAGGGAAAAGAUAGGACACGAGUAUUUGGACAAAUACGGCUAUCUGUGUUAUUGGAAUCCGGAAUAAAGUAGCUUAUUUGCUAACAGUUAAAAAAGAAAUUAAUUUAUCUACUCUGACAUGUGAUGAAUGCAUUAUUGUUAUUUCUGUACGGUAGUACUAUUAGUUAUUACCACAGAAUAACUAAUAGUACUUGGUAUUACAAAACUGUUGCAUUAUUUUCAAAUACCUACAGAUUGUAACAAAAUAGGACAUAACUUGGAUUUUAUAUUAUUUCUUAAUAUGCGAACCAUUAAGUAAUAUUAUUUAUCUCAAUUUUAAAUUUUAAACAUUGACAUGAGGAUUCAUUAUUGUAAUCACUGUAUUGUUUAGGUAGAGCAUAUAUGAAAUGUUAUUAUAAUAAUACUUACCCAAGUCUACUACCGUAAAAUAAUCUGCACAAGUUUUAAUUCAAUGAAAAAGUGUGUUAUAUUAUAUUUUUGGAACGAGGUAAAUUUAUGUACAAAAUGUGUUUAUUUUUGAUCAUGAGCGUUAAAAAAAUCUAAAAAGUUUACUUAAAAACCGGACAAGUGCCAGUCGGACUCGCCCACCGAGAGUUCCGUACUUUUUAGUAUUUAUUCUUAUAGCAGCAACAGAAAUACAUCAUCUGUGAAAAUCUGUGUAAUUGUCUACCUAUCACGGUUCAUGAGAUACAGCCUGGUGACAGACAGAUAGACGGACAGAGGAGUUAGUAACAUGGUCCCGUUUUAAGGGUUCCGUACCCAAAGGGUAAAAACGGGACCCUUUUACUAAGACUCCGCUGUCUGUCUGUCUGUCUGUCUGUGUGUCUGUCUGUCCGUCUGUCACCAGACUGUAUCUCAUGAACCGUGAUAGCUAGACAGUUGAAAUUUUCACAGAUGAUGUAUUUCUGUUGCCGCUAUAACAACAAAUACUAAAAACAGAAUAAAAUAAAUAUUUGUAAAUAAAACAAACGCGAUUUUUUGCCGUUUUUUGCGUAAUGGUACGUAACCCUUCGUGCGCGAGUCCGACUCGCACUUGGCCGGUUUUCACCCUUUGGGUACGGAACCCUAAAAAGACGGUAGCAGUCGUUUGGGAAAUCAAGUAUAAAUACAUAUAAAUCUAACAUUCAGUUUCAGUGAUCUUAAAAAGUUAAAACAUUUUUGUACAGUUAAUGUGCCUCAUAAUAUCUUACUACAUUUUAUAUUUUCAUGUUGUUGACAAAUGACACAUUCUAUGGAUUUAUUUUCUUUUCUUCGUGAAAAAAAUCAUGAGUUCUAGCCUCGCUUGCGCCUAUAAUGCAAAAAAAAUCUACGAAAAAAGUACAAAAAAAGGGUGUAACCCAUUUACUCUACUUAUAUUUCUAAAACUAAAUAGUUUGAGCCGUGCCUUGGUCAUGUAUUAACUAGUAAGCAGGAGAACUAGUAAACAGAUACUGAUUUUUAAUUUUUGAAUAUUACCUAGUUAUGGACAAGCAAUCAAGUAAUUACACUUUUUUAAUUAACAAAAAGUUUCAAUACAGUAAGUAAAAUAAUCAAACGUGGUUCAAGCGCGUACCGUACUUCGGCGGUUAAAUAUUUUCGACUGUCCUAGUAACCCUAUUGCUAUGUCGAUUUCUAGAAUCUUUAUUAUACGAGUAAGGCAACAUCUUCUGCUGCUUUGAUUGAAUUAUGCAACAGCAAGUACUAACUAUAUUUCAGUGUAUGACACCAAAUCGGGACGUCCUAUGUCAAAAAUAAAGAUAAAAUUGAUCUCAAAGUAUAUUAAGAGCUAUAUAGUUCCUGAAGACGUCCCAUCGCCUUGAUAGUGCAAUUAUAAUGAAACUAAUGAAUACUGAUUAGAUAGGCGCUGUGAAAACAAUUUAUUGAGUGUGUAUUAAAGUUUUGUGACUUCACAGUUUCUAAUACAGUGUGGUUGUUUAUGGCCUUUUUAAACUAGGUAAAGUUAGGGAACAAAUCAAAUUAUUUUAUUAAAUAUUUUGAUUUGUGUUUUUAAGGGCUUGGUUUCUUAGGGAUAUUUUCUAUAGAAUAUGACAUCUAUUUCAGUUUAUAGGUGAAGUUGGUUUAUUAUUGGCGGUUGGGAGUAAAUAAUCUUUAGGGCAAACUUGCGGCCGGCCUAGCUAUGCUAACAGGAAACCAAGUAAUAAUCGGAGCUCGAACAUUCGUAAAGUAUGUAAAUGCCAAAAUAUAAAAUUCAGCCUCCACUUAACAUAAAAUAACAAUGUUUUUAUUGUCAAACCAGAUAUUAUUAAAAAAACAUGACAGAUGUUUACAGAAAUAUGUAGCGAUCAGAAAUCGGAUAGAUUUCUUAGAUUAUAGAAGUUAGUUAACACAGUGUGUUGAAUAUGUUUAUGAGAUUUAUUUUGUACCCGGUGUAUACACAAGUUUCCAGAUUUUAUUACGUUAUACUGCAAUAGUGUGAACAUAAUAGAUACACAAUAUGUAGACUCUGAAACGCAAAUAAACACUUGUACCUAAACAAGUUUUAUAUAAAAAAAUAGUUCACUUUUAGGUCAAACCACUCUCAUAUUAAACUGAUUCCCGAAAUUUACCUCAGGGUAUUUGUCGCCACACAACAGGAAUGUCAAAUCUGGAGGCGUUUCUAAUUGCAAUAACAUAACAGGUUAUCAAUUUCAUCUGGGUUUGUUAAAUUCGUUUUUGAAAGAUUACGUUGACGUUAAAAAGAUUUGAGCAUUCUCAUUGCUGAGAUAUUUCAUCAGAUAGGAAUAGGCCAGUAAAAUAAAGUUGGUGGUCUCAUGAAAAUAUGUUUUUUUCUAUUAACAGCGUGGCCUGUUAUAAUGUGCCUUUAAAUAUAAAUUCCCGUCGUGAGCUAGCGGGUUUUGAAUUAACAUAUAAACAGACAUAUAUUCUCAACGGACAGUUUUCUUAUUCGGUACCAUUACUAAUUGAAUUGCUAUUUUCUAGCCAAUAAAAUUACGUAAAAUGUGUCAAAGUAAAUUAACAGCGAAAGUUUUUUUAUGUAUUUACAUUAUUGGUAUCCAAGUCAAACAUUUUGCUGUUAUAUAGGCGAAUUCUGAUUGUAAUAACAGUGUAUUUGAUCUGGAUUACUCCUAUUUGUUUUUUCAGUGCCUUAAAACAAUUUAUGCCUUAUGUUUUUACUGUAGGUACGGUUAAAUAGUACAGUGUUGGUUGACCCAUAACAUUAAUAUAGUGCCUAUGCAAUAGUCGACGAGUGCAUGCCUUACAUUUAUGACGUAUAUUAUAUUAAAUAACAGUUAUUUACGAUACAAGUGCGGAAAAGAGGAAAUUCGAAACGGGUGGCGAUAAAUUAAAACACGACCGCAGGGAGUGUUUUAAAUCGACACGAGUUGCGAAUUACCUAUUCGCACGUGUAUCGUACAACGUUUUACAGUACAUAUGGCCCUUUAAACUUUCGACAUAUGCACGAAAAGUGCUCUUUUACGCACUAGUGCGAGAAAGUAGCAUCAUAUGUACUGUAAAAUAUAUUUUCUGCAUUUCGACAUGUUCAAUAUAUUGUGCAGAUAUACUUUUGGUCCUUUCAUACGUUAGCUUUUAAUAUAAUAAAAUGGAAAUUUUAAUCGGUAGUUGAAAUUUAACGCGGAUUAUUGUUUUUAUUCUAUAUUUUUAGUAGAGUUAUAAAAUUUUGUAUAUAACGUUGUACUGUAUUGUACAAAAUGUAUGCGUAGGUAAUGGUGUGGUUAUUGUACUUGUAUGUGUCUUGGUCGUUGUUUUGUUAUAAGAUUGUUUUUGGUUACGCGUUGGCAUUUGGACUUGGUGUAUUCGCUGGUCUGGAGCUUUAAGGUUUAGUUAGUUAGGCUAUAGCUAAUUCUCAGACAAAAAGCUAUUUUUUUUAAAGAAAUAAAAAAACCGGCUAAGUGCGAGUCAGACUCGCGCUAGAAAAGUUCCGUACCAUUAUCUAUAAAAACAGCAAAAAAAACACGUUUGUUACCGAUAUGUCAUUUUAAAAAAAUCCGUCCAGUAUCCUGAGCUACAGGGUGUACUGAUUUUCAGUAUUUAAACCCAUAACCCUACUUUCUGUUUAAGUCGCAGUCGAGUAAAAUGUUGAUAUUGGAGUAGAACGUCUACAAAUGUAUAGACAAAAGUGAAAUUAAUAUUCCUCCAAGUUUCAUAUUACGAGAAUAUCCCCUGAAAGGGUAUAAGCGCUAAAUCUGGAUUCAGCUAUUAUUUUCUAUAACAAGAUGUAUUUUUUCCGCAAAGAUGUCUAGGACUUUUUCGUGUAGAAUUUAUUAAGCUUUAAUGUUGCCUUACACCAUAUUUUCAUAGAGAACGUAUAUUUAGAGUAAAACGCAAAUUUCUCCAGCAUGGUACACAUUUUUUAAGAUGGCUGCGAUUCCUCGAGGUCCCCAAAUGUCAAAUAGUGUGGACAUGAAAAAGAGACCUUUAAUUAACAUACAUACCAAAUUGAAUAUCUUUGGAAGGAUUUCGAGGUGAAACUUAAUCCGAUUGUGCUAUUAGGUAACAAAAGGUGUACAAUUUCACCGACGAUCUAUCAAUUUUACAUUCUUGCGACUAAAAUCGACACCGGCCUCUUAAAAUUAACAGAUGUUUAACAUAAUUAUGACAUAAUUUAUUUUGUUGUCCCAAAAAAAAUUGAUGCCUGUCGAGAGUCAAAUUCACCUUAUUGCGCGAACAUACGCGCUUAUUUACUGAUUAUUGAUUAUAAACCAUUAGGCAAUAUAAAACUGUAUCUGUUUAGUCGUUUACAUAGGUAAGGUAUGUUACAGUAGGUUGGUUUAUUGGGCAGAUACUUGGUUUUUUUGAAACAUUUUACUGAUAUAUUGUGUAUUCUUGCUAAAUAAACGCAAUAUGACCUUAAUACACUAAGUCCAAGUGUAUAUAAAUUGUGUCAGUAAUCGUGAGCAGGAUUGUGGAUGUCUAAAUUAGCAUUAAACGUUUAAAUCUUUAUGCAAGAUAAAGAUGUAAAAGUGUAAUUUUAGCUUGGUUGGCUGUUUACUUUUUAAACAAUUUUUGGAAAAAUAAUUUUUGACAAGUGUAAGGGACUGGGAGCCUACAAAAUUAUGUUGUACAAAAAUUUAUGACUACUUGAAUUAAGUUCUCGCUAAAUAAGUUAGUGUGUGUAAGUGCAAAGAUGCCAUCUGUAAUUUUUAUUCAUCUCCGUUACGGAAUAAACUUUCUUUUAUUA